AUGACCACACCAUUUAAUCCCAACUUUUUUGCUGGUGGCUAUUCUAGCCCCAUCACUCCCAUGACUCAGCAAGAUCAAGCUUUUGCUCAAGUCUUUAACUCUGCUACCACUUCCAACUCUCCAUCUAUGGACGAUUGGUUCACGCCAAUCCCUUCCAACAGCAAUGAUCUCUUCUUGAAACAACAAUCUGAUGCCUUCCAAGACAUUUUCCAAUUACUACCCAUUUCUCCUCCUUUGACUGCAAGUCCUGUCUCUGAUCAAGAAAAUGAGGUCGUCUCUGCUGAAGCCUUGGUUGCUCUCUUCCCUGACAUCUUAAAUACUGCCAACAGCGCUACUGCUCAAUCGCCAGCUCCAAGACCUGUUCAAGUGCAAACUCAACAGCCUCGUCGUCUGGCUCCAGUGGCGCCCAAGCCUGCACCUGUUGCCAUCAUGCCCAAGACUGCCAUCCCCAUUGCUCCUCGUCCUGGCGGAACUGUCUUUACACCAAACAUGAACUCAAUGAAGCGCAAGAUUGAAAACCAACAAGAUAGUGACGAAGCUGCUCAGAAGCGUCAAAAGAAUACUGAUGCUGCUCGUCGUUCUCGUCUCAAGAAGAUCAUCAAAAUGGAAACCUUGGAGAAGCAAGUGACAGAGUUAGAGAGUGAUAACUCCCGACUCACGACCCGUGUUGCCGUGCUCGAGUCGGAAAAGAGUGCUCUUAUCUCUAAAGACAAAGGUCUUGAAGAUCGUAUUCGUGUCCUUGAAGCUCAAUUAGCCGAGGCACAUAGAGCUCUUACUUCUAAAUCUCAAUAG